UAUCAGGACUCAGAGCUUCGUGCUUUACAAGCAAAAGUCCGGAAAUACAGAAACAAAGGGACCUGCUGUGAAAUCGAAGCAUUUCUGUUCUCAGUAAAUAAUUUGUCCUUACAGAGCAAUAAUGGUGAACUGCUGUGGUCUGUUAACUGCGCAAAAAGAACCAGUUCCUCUAAAGAGCAUCGAGGUGGAGCUGCAGGUGAGGGACCAUGUAGCUACAGUGGUUUCCACUCUGAACUACGAGAACAAGGAGGACAAACCAGUAGAAGCUGUUUUUGUCUUCCCUCUGCCUGGAGAUGCAGCUGUGUGUCAUUUCAGUGCAAAGGUUGGACAGACACAUAUUGUAGCUGAAGUGAAGGAGAAACAGCAGGCUCGAGAGGAGUAUGAUGAUGCUUUGAGCUCUGGUCAGCAGGCCUUCCUGUUGGAGGAGAGUGAUCAGAGUCCAGAUAUAUUCUCUCUGAGUGUGGGCAGUCUGCCUCCAGGAGAGAGCGCCUCCAUCAGGCUGGAGUACGUCACUGAGCUGGCUGUGCAGGCUGAUGAUGGGCUGAGGUUCUGUCUGCCUGCUGUCCUCAAUCCUCGCUACCAACCUCAGGGUAGCGAAGAUGUCAGUGUCCAGGUGACGUCAGUUCCAGCCUCUUUGGUUCCCUACAGUCUGUCCUUUUCUGCCCGAGUCUCCUCUCCUCGUCCAGUCUCUAAAGUAGAGUCCAGUUGUUCCCUGGAGCCUCUUCAGUACCUCAACACUGAUCAGACACAGGCCAUGGUUAAGUUGGCUGCAGGACACAAGUUUGACAGAGAUGUUGAGCUGCUGAUUUAUUACAAAGAUGCCCACCAGCCCACUGCUGUGGUGGAGGCAGGACAGGCCUCUGCAAAGCCUGGAACUCUGAUGGGUGAUCCAGUGGUGAUGGUGAGCCUGUACCCUGAGUUCCCCCAGUCUGUGAUGUCCUCACUCGCCUCAUGUGGGGAGUUUGUGUUCUUAUUGGAUCGAUCGGGAAGUAUGAAACGUUCCAUUAAUAACAGCAAGCAGGAAGAAACUCCCAUUAGCAGUGCAAGGGACACUCUGCUGCUCCUGUUGAAGAGUUUAUCAAUGGGCUGCUACUUCAAUAUCUACAGUUUUGGGUCCACAUUUGAACACAUCUUCCCUAAGAGUGUAGAGUACAAUGAGAAGAGCAUGAAGAAGGCUCUGAAGAAAGUUGAGGAGAUGCAGGCUGACCUGGGAGGAACAGAGAUCCUUAAGCCCCUCAAACACAUUUACAAGCAGCCCUGCAUUCCCAAGCAGCCCAGACAGCUGUUUGUCUUCACUGAUGGAGAGGUGGGGAACACCAAAGAAGUUAUUGAUCUGGUUAAGAAGAAUGCAGGUUCCCACAGGUGUUUCUCUUUUGGGAUUGGAGAAGGAGCCAGCUCUGCUCUUAUCAAUGGGUUGGCCAAGGAGGGAGGAGGUCAUGCUCAGUUCAUCACAGGGACUGACAGGAUGCAGCCAAAAGUGAUGCAGUCGCUGCGGUUUGCACUGCAGCCAGCUGUGGAGGACAUCUCAGUAACAUGGGAUUUACCAAAGGGAGUGUCAGCCACUGUCCUCUCUCCACCAAUCACAGCAAUUUUCCAGGGGCAGAGGUCACUGAUUUAUGCCCAGCUCACUGGACAGUGUUUAGAGGCAGCAGAGGGCUGUGUGAUGGUGAAGUACAGCCUCGCAGGUCAUCCCUCUCAGAACCAGCUGCACUUCCAUCUCAAACCAGCAGAGGACACUGGAUUAACAAUCCACAGGUUGGCUGCUCGUACUCUGAUUCGCUCCCUGGAGUUGGAGGACAGAUCUGACAGAGGACAGCAAGAUGAAGGAGUGAAGAAGAAGGUGGUGGAGCUCAGUGUCCAAUCAGGAGUGAGCAGUUCUUUUACUGCCUUCAUUGCUGUCAACAAAGACAGUGGCGAGUCGAUUCAAGGACCUCUGGCACGCAGAAAUAUUCCAACACCAGGGUUUUAUGGACAGACAUUGGGUUGUUCUCCAAGGAGGAGGUUAGGUGCAUUUCCCACUAUGGCCUACUAUGCGGCUCCAUUAAAUCAUGGUGUGAAAAUGUUCUGUGGAACGGCAGGAAAAGCAUCUGGUAGAGCAGAUAAAGCUGGUGCUCCCCAGCAGCCCCUCAGAGAGCCUCUUCUGCAGUUGGUGUCCCUGCAGAAGGCGUCUGGUAGUUGGAUGCUGGAGGCUCCUCUGGCCUCUGCACUGGGAAAGACCAGUGACGAGGUGGAGAAGUUAAAGCCUGCAUCGGUUAACAAGGAGGUGUGGGCCACCAUUCUGGCUCUGAUCUGGCUUCAUGGUUUCAAGAUGGAUGUAAAGGAGGAGUGGGAGCUUCUGGCCAUGAAGGCUGCAUCAUGGCUCCGUGCUCAGAAUGGACCAUGUGUGACAGAGUGUGUGGAAGCAGGAAAUGCACUGCUGGGCUGCAGCGUGCAGAAAGACGCUCUGGGGCUCUGAAGUUAACGUUAAAGAGGCUUCAUUUACAGGAUUCUUACACAGAAGCAGAUUUACUAAAUCACACAGCUUUCAGAAUGUAUAUUACUCUUUGCAGCAUCUGCCUUUAUAAUGUGCCUUACUAUAACUGCACUGUAUGCUUAAGCCACCAGAGUUCUUAAAGAAAGGUUUUGUUUUUGCCUUUUUAAUGUUUCUUUGUAUCUGGAUGUUUUACUAAAAGACAGAUGCAUGAAUCGUGCAUAUAAAUGAAAAAAUGAGUGAGAAUUUGUUUAUUAUUGUUUUAUUAAUGUCAGCUUAAGGUUACGGUGACAUUGUUGUUUACCAAAUUGUAUUAAAAUGAAUAUAACUCCACAUCUAUUUUGCACAUUUAACCCUACACCUGAGUUUAGUUACCAGGAUGUUUUACUUUGAGGAUGACUCUAGUUUUUAUCCACAAUUGAAACUUUAAGAAGACGUGUUUAGAGUCGCAUAGAGUAACAAAGAGCCAGUGUUCACUAAGUAAAUAGAUUCAGGUUACUUCUCUCUAUACUUGUGAAAGGCAGCCAUUGCACUGACUGCACAUGAAGGAGAAUAAGGAAUGUCAGUAAUAUUUGUUCUAAACUCAUAUUUUAUUGAAUCCUCCUCUCUGGAAAAUAAAUAUUCAUAUUCAGAUCCAUGUUGAAAAGUCAUGGAUGGAUACAGUAGCAACAUAAUUGUGUUAAGUGAUCACAUAUUCACUACAAAUGUCCAUUUUGUUUGGCAAUUUAAUAUAAAUUAACAACUAAAGAUAAGUUUAAAGUAUUUGUUUGUUUUGCUUUUGUUUAUGUUUUUUUUUAUUUCUCACUAAAAUGCCAUGUUCAAAGUUGUCUAUAAUAUUCUUCAGUAAUGAAAAACAGUCCCUUCUGCUUUUUGUACGUCUUUACCUGAAUUUUAAACCUCUUUGGCAACUGUAUCCUUGUCUUUGAGGUUGGAAAGUGUUCAAGUGAUGUGAAUAAACAAAAUAUAGGAUCCUG